ACACUCCCUAAAACGGGAAAAAACAGUAGGUAGUGUGAGCGACAUUCAGGGGGUGUAAAUUAUACACUUGUAGAUUAUUAACUAGUUUGGUAAAACCUCUGAAGAAGACUGCGGGAUUUAAAGGACGUAAGAAACCGGCACUCAAAUUACGAGCUGUGUACACGCACAAAUCCUCGAAUAUUGCAAAAAUGUAUUCUGCGGACACUGAGACGAUCUGCAGUUAAUUAUGCUCUUACUAAACAGUAUUUAACUGAAGUACGACUUCGUGUCUUUUACCUAAAAAUAUUGGUUCGGGUUAUUUUUACACUCUUGUGCAGUACAUACGUUUUGUUUGUCUGAAAGCAAAAGGCUACUGCACAUAAACGUGUUAUAGAAUGAGUGUCCAGUCUGACACUUAGCAAUACGUCCUGAAAAGGCCAUUACAUUUUCCAGAACAUUUAACGUGGAAACACACUAUUUUUCGCUCUGGAUGGGGUAUGCCAUUACUGUGUCAUAUAUGGAGACGGAAGAAGCCCAACAGAAUGGGCUGUUGAAAAAAUAAAAGUUUUACUUCUCAGCCUUCAGGAGUGCGACAGCCAAAGUCGGUUGCAAUGUCCAGCGCACUCGGAGAGCUUCCAGAGGCCAAACAGGUGAGAAAUGGAGGUGAAGUGAAUUUUCGAGAUCCUCCUUGGAUACAAGAGCUGGACGCAAUGGAGAGUGGUUUCGGCAAUAAAUCGAAAGAUGCUGCAAUCUUCAUGAAGCUGGUGAUGGUGCGGCGAAAGACAGGACUUCCUGAUGAGGAACUACAGGAAAUGCUCAGAGGAAAACUGCGUAUCCUGGAGAAUGACAGCGGGGAGGUCAUGGCACUUUUCAGUGAGCUUUCAGCCAGGCUGCUUUCCAUCCACAGUGAAGAGGAUAUAAUUGUUGUUACGUUUAAAACAUUUGAAGAAAUAUGGAAAUUUAACACUUACUACUCACUGGGGCUUCUUGGUCAUUGCAUGGAGAAUCUCCUCCUUGAUCAGGUCUUCUGGUUACACCAUUUAGAUGAAGAGGAUUUAGGAAUUGAGGUCUUAAUCCAUGAAGAAACAUUACAUUUAAUGUACAAAGGGAUCCUGAUGCAGGAAGAAUCCUUCUUUGCUGUAUGCACUGCUGAACAGAACUGUGAGAGCGCUUCCACAGGCAGUGAGCUGCGCCUGCAGGAGGGUAACGUAGCUAUCUUUGAGCCACCCUCGGAUGGAUCAGAAUGGACAGUGCAGUUGUUGGUAGAUGGUUCAAGAGGGUCCAUUGCUAAACCGGCACUAGAGCCAGUCAGUCCAUUUCAUCAAUGGUUCCUUAAAGCGUGUCCCGAAAAUAUACUGAUGGGCAAUGCAAAACUGCUGUGUGAAUUCCCCUACCAGUUUGCUGUGGGCUCCUGCAUAGCCACUGUGGGAUAUGAAGGUUCUGGGCCAGAUGAACUCAGCUUUAAAAGUGGAGAUUGUGUUGAAAUUGUGGGUUUCCUCGUCUCGUGCUUUGAGUGGUUUGUGGGGAAGCAUUCUGAAACUGGAAGGACUGGGUUAGUGAAGACAAGCCUUGUAAAGCCAACUAAUUCUAUUUGUGAAUCAGCAGAGGUGUUUCUAAGUGAAGAGGAGGAAUCCUUGUUCAAAUGGAAAGAGGAAUUCUUUGAGGAAAAAUCUAUUGAUGUUCUGAAGAAAAUGUGUCAAACAGACGUGGAUGCUGUUUACAAGCUUGAUAAACUAGAUACACAGGAUCCUCCAGGAAUACCAAGGCAAACUUCCACCUUCAACAAUGAGAGCGAUCCACAAAGACAGGAACUACAAAACAAAAUAGCUGUGUGUCUGAGCCGACUGAAGGAGCCACAUGUUCCCCCGAAAGAAACUCAGCAUGAAGACAGGCAGUCAGAGCACCACCAUAACCACUCUCUGUCAUCCAAGGAGCACAGUGAGCCUUGCUUCAUUAUUAAUAGUGAAGGUGACAAUCACAGUGCAGAUGACUUUCAGACAUUGCUUGCUUUCCUCAACUGCAGUGAGUACAAAGAAGAGUUCCGAAACAUCUACGACUUUUCCUUCAGAUUUCUUCAGUCCAUGUUUCAAGGCUACACAGAUGAUGAAGAGUUGGUGUUCUACCUGGGAAUGGCAAGGGAGAAUGCAAGAAAGAAGAAAUUCCUCUGGGCUCAGACGAGAAUCUGUUUUCUCUUGGGGAAACUGUGUGCCAGGAGACUUAAGUUUUCCCAAGCCAGAGUCUACUUUGAAGAGGCGCUGAGCGUUGCCAGAGAACAGUUUAAAGAUAUAUUCCUGUUAAUUUCUAUUUACACAAACCUUGCAGCCAUAUAUCUAAAGCAGAAGAACAAGGAGAAAUAUGUGGCCAUUUUUGAGCGGAUUGCUGCCUUUCUGAUGGGAAUUCCUAACUACAUCUGCAGCACAGAGCAAGAAUCUGAGAUCUUAAAAUAUGUCUUGAAGAAAGCAGUGCUGGCUCAAAACAAAGUUGCUGAAGUAAGGACCUGCUUCCUGUUAGCUAAACUUUACACAAAACUCAACCAGCCUCAGAGUGCUUUGCUGUUCACAGAGAGACUACAAAUUCUUGCUAAGGAGUUGUCUCUUACCAGCAAAGUGAUGCCAAGUGACUAUUAUUUGACCUUGGGUAAACUUUAUGGUGCGAAAUAUCUCCCACACUUAGCAGUGAGCUCAGUAAAACAAGCCGUAUUCCACACUGGUGCCACACUUACAGACUGUUUAAUAGGGACAGAAUUUGUCAUGGACAAUGCCUCCCGGUUGUAUAGUUUAGGGAAGUGUGGUGUAUUAGUCCCAACACAAGUUGCACCUUACCUUAAUAAAGCACUUUAUUUUGCAGCCGAUAAGAAAGACCAAGUGCUUUGUCAGACCAUCUCCUUGUGUUUGUCUCAUCUGCAUCAAUAUCAUGGCAUGCUCAACAAAGCAAUCUGGUAUAUUGAUACUGUCAUUUCCAAAAAUGUUUGGCCAAGUGCAACACAUGCAGCCAACAUCUUAAUUCAUCUCGCAUGGCUUCACAUUUUAAAUCGCCAGCAUCACAUGGCUUUAGAUAUUUUGACUUCUGGGCUGGGUUCUUUGUCUGAACACUGCACAAAACUACAGAAAGGCCUGGUUUAUAACAUGCGUGCUGUCGCUCUGAGAUACACUGAAGACAUAAAACAGGCAGCUGAGAGUUAUGGUAAAGCAAUACAGAUUUGUGAGGAGUCUGACUUUAAGUACAACCGGGCCAUUGCGCAAGCCAACUUUGGCUUCCUGUGCUUGCAUGCCAAAGCUAAAGGCCUAGCUGAGCUGAGCCUUGUGAGGGCUGUGGAGCUUUUCUCACAGCUGGAAGAUGUAGCUCAUGAGGAGAACUUUAUAACUGUUUUGCUUGAGCUGGGCCAGUAUUAUGUCAGUCAAACGCAACUGGAAAAGGGGAUGAUUUGUUACGAAUGGGCUUUCCUCAUGGCAAUCAAGGCAAACCACGUUGAGUGCCAACUCCAAGCCACUAAGCAGCUGUGUCACUUCUACCACAUGAUUUGUCCCAAUGAAGCCCAGUGCAUAAUCUACAAUGAGUAUAUGCUGACUUUGGUCCGAAAAGCAGGCAACAAGGAAUGGGAAGGACAAAUCCUGGAGACCAUUAGUCAACUGUAUUUCAGCUUAGGAACUGAAAGAGCCUACAAGUCUGCUCUAGAUUACACAAAGAGGAGCCUCGGUAUCUUCAUUGACCUAAGAAAAAAGGAAAAAGAGGCUUAUGCCUGGUUGCAGGCUGGGAAGAUCUACCACAUCCUCAGACAAAAUGAGCUGGUGGAUCUUUACAUUCAGGUUGCACAAGAUUGUUGUCUAAGCACUGCAGACAUGCAUUUCGUUUUGGAGCUGUUAGAAGCUGCAGGGGAUGUGUUCUUCAAUAGUUCCCAGGACAGGGAAAAAGCUCUGACCUUCUACAGGGACAAAGCCCUUCCGAUUGCCUUGAAGACAGGGAAUGUGAAGACACAGCUGAGGCUGUCCAACAAGCUGGCGGAGCUCCUGUUGCAGCUGAAGUUCUACGGAGAGGCCGUGGACCACGCCCAGGCAGCAUUAGCCAUCAGCAUCAGCCUUGGUGAGAGGCUGAAUGAGCGAGUAGCUUUUCACAGACUGGCCACUUUAUUCCACUGCCUGGGUCAGUAUGAGAUGGCUGAGCACUACUACCUUAAGGCUCUCUCCCUCUGUCCCUCACCCCUGGAAUUUGACGAGGAGACUAUGUACUACGUGAAAGUUUACCAGCUCCUUGGGGACAUGAUUUUCUAUGACCUAAAGGAUCCCUAUGAUGCUGCCGGAUAUUACCACCUGGCUCUGGCAGCUGCCAUGGACCUGGGCAAUAAGAAGUCCCAGCUGAAGCUCUGCACACGGCUCGCCACCAUCUAUCACAACUUCCUCAUCAACAGAGAGCUCUCUCUUUUCUUCUAUCAGAAGGCCAGGGUCUUUGCUGCAGACCUGAAUGUGAGGAGGAUCAACCUGUCACCAGACCAGUAUUACCAAAGCGUAUCUCAGUAUAAAACAUUUGUCUAACAUCUGGAACUUCUCAGCAAGAGGCAGUGUGAAGGAAGGCAGUGUGAAGGAAGGCAGCUGGGCUCUGAUGAAGGAAAGGAUGAAGUAAUGGAACACGAUAGGCAUUACACUUGAAUACUGUACAUUGACUUUAUAGAGCUAAGUGACUUGGGUGUGCUCUUAAAACAACAAAGUACAACGACAAGAAUGUGUUUGAUAUUAUGGUUUUCUGGGUGUGUUGUCUUAUGCUUUGUGAAUAUUUUUUAAAGGACAACCCAGGUUUCCAAUGAUGUGCUCACAAGAUGCUUAAAUAGGCCAAAAGUGAAGGUUGUUUUU